AUGUGGGAGAGGAAGGCUGUCGAGCCUGCGCCCACGACCAGCUACUCAUCGCGCCGGAUGGUCGCCCUGAUUCUGGUGACCGGGUUGAGCCUCUUUAACUUCGGCUAUAACUCUGCGAACAUUGGAGGCGUGCUCUUAUACCUCGAUAGUUCUCAGACGGCCUGCUCCCAGAAGGCCAUUUGCCUCAGCAGCCCUCUGAUGAAGGGGGUUUUGGUCUCCUCCUGCUUAGUGGGUGCAGUUCUCGGUGCCUUGUUCGCUGGGACUCUGGCAGCCCAACAGGGGCCGAGGACCACCUUGCUGAUGAACAAUGUGUUUUUCAUCGUUGGGUCCAUCAGCAGCGCAUUGGCGCCUGGGAUCCUGUCCCUCAUCCUCUCGAGAUGCAUUCUGGGUCUAGGUGUCGGCUCAGCCUCGGCAAUCACGCACGUCUACAUAGGUGAGGUCGUACCAGCUGAGCGCCGUGGGGAACAUGGAGCACUGCUGGUGGUCCUGGGCACAGGUGGAAUUCUCGUUGCCAACCUCGUGAGCUGGUGCAUGGCGGAACACUGGCGGUGGGUCUUCGCUUUCGGGGCCGUGCCAGCCAUGCUACAGCUCCUCUGGGGCUCGGUGAUUAUGCCAGAGUCGCCACAUUGGAAGGCCCGGCUUCAGCCGGGUAGAUGUUUGUGCAGGAAGUGCCAAGAUGCUGACAGUCCCGAGUGCAUCGCAAACUCUGAAGCCCCCUGCUUUAUGGAGUCCAGUGGUGCUUGGUUCAAUCUGUUGAAGUCGGUUCGCACAGGACGGGCAGUCCCUCCCCUCAUUAUUGGAGGUGGCCUGCAUGUGUUGGCUCAGGCAACUGGUAUCAACGUUGUCAUCUAUUACGGCCCCAAGAUGCUUACACUUGUAGGCUUUGCAAGCUCCACGGCUGUCUUCGUCAGCACAACCAUCAGCCUCUUUCAGAUGGGCUCCACUAUACUCCUCGCGCGCCUGGUGGACCGACUUGGCCGAAAGCCCAUGAGCUUCAUCGGCCUGAGCUGCAUGCUUGUCAGCCUCUGCGGCAUCGCCUUCAGCUACCUUCUACCCCCAAGUCAUCGUGCUGCGAGUUGGCUGGCACUCAUCUCAUGUUUCGCAUUCCGCGUGGCCUUCUCCGUUUCCUUGGGGCCUUUGCCUUACAUCAUCGCGGCGGAGGUCUUCCCUGAAGACAUCCGAGCUCCAGGUGUAUCCCUGUGCUUGGCGGUGAAGUGGGUGGCCAACUUUGUAGUCUCCUUGACCUGGCUGCCGCUCGCUGAGGCGGUGAGCUUAGCCGGCACGUUCGCUCUUUACGGCCUUAUGUGUGCCCUGGCCAUCUGCUUCUUGGCUACAUAUGUCCCUGAGACCUCGGGGAAGACUCUGGGGCAGGCAUCUCGAAUUGCGAUGACGAAGAUGGAGGAUGGCGCAAGCUUUGGCGCACACGGCGCAAGACAAGUGUACCGCAGCUGUGGAUGA